CUGAUCCGUCGGUGUCGGUGUGCUUGCAGCCUCUGAUGACGACAUGGAAGACGGCGUGCGGGACGGCCGGCGCCGUGACGGUGGUGGUGCCGGCGGGGAUCUACCAUAUCGGCCCGGUGCAGUUCCACGGCCCCUGCAAGGCAUCCACCAUCACCUUCCAGCUGCAGGGCACGCUCAAGGCCGCGACGGACCUGAAGCAGUUCGGCAACGACUGGAUCGAGUUCGGGUGGGUGAACGGGCUCACCGUCGCCGGCGGCACCAUCGACGGCCAGGGCGCCGCGUCCUGGCCCUUCAACAAGUGCCCCGUCCGCAAGGACUGCAAAGUCCUGCCCACAAGCGUGCUGUUCGUCAACAACCAGAACACGGUUGUGAAGGACCUGACGUCGGUGAACCCCAAGUUCUUCCACAUCGCGCUGCUGUCCUGCAAGAGCAUCAAAAUGUCGGGGCUCCAGAUCAGCGCGCCGUCCAACAGCCCCAACACCGACGGCAUCCACAUCGAGCGCAGCGCCGGCGUGUCCAUCACGGACACCAACAUCGCCACCGGCGACGACUGCAUCUCCGUCGGCCAGGGCAACGACAACGUCGACGUGGCCCGCGUGCAGUGCGGCCCGGGCCACGGCAUGAGCGUCGGCAGCCUGGGGCGCUACGCCGGCGAGGGCGACGUCACGCGCGUGCACAUCCGGGACAUGACCUUCACGGGCACCAUGAACGGCGUCCGCAUCAAGACGUGGGAGAACUCGCCCACCAAGAGCAACGCAGCGCACAUGGUCUUCGAGAACCUCGUCAUGAACGACGUCCAGAACCCCAUCAUCAUCGACCAGAAGUACUGCCCCUACUACAACUGCGAGCACAAGUACGUGUCCGGGGUGACCAUCACCGACAUCCAGUUCAAGAACAUCAAGGGCACGGCGACGACGCAGGUGGCCGUGCUGCUCAGGUGCGGCGUGCCGUGCCAGGGCCUGGUGCUGCAGGACGUGAACCUCAGGUACAAAGGGCAGGGCACCGUGUCGUCCAAGUGCGAGAACGCCAAGGCCAAGUACGUCGGCGUGCAGCUACCCAAGCCCUGCCCCUAGGCGUGGCCGAGGGCGCACCUGCGAUAGGAUUGUUUUUUUUUUUUGUUGAGGGGAAUCAAUGUCACCCACUCUGGCGCACCUAGCUAGCGAGCUCCAAUGUGCGGUGAAGUGAGCUUUCGAUUCUUUGGUCGUGUUCUCUAGAGGUUUUAUCCCUUUCUUUUUUUUCUUUUUUUGAUGGGAUUAUCCCUUUCGUUUUCAAUUUGUUGCUUGUUUUUUUCUUUUUCUGUUUCUUUAUUAUUAAAUUAGCUGAUUUUUGAGGUAUAACAGAGUUGAGCUGCCAAUUUCUGGCACCUACUUGCUUAUCAGUGAA